AUGUCCUGGCCUCUUUGUGGACUGUUCCCCCUGAGCCUGGGCAUGAGUCUGUUCAGAUAUGCGGAAAAGGUUGUGAGUGGGUUACGCAGUGAGGGUGGUGUGGAAGGGUUCAGCGUGUCCAAUCCCUUUCGGGACCCUUGUUCCCCCGAGCCUAGGUUUGUGACCGCUCUGCCCACAGCUACAGUGUCUGUAGUGUCUCCUCAGGGUCCAAACUACCCUGGAGAUAGAAUCACUCUCAGAUCUAUGCCUAAACCUACAGUGGUGAUGUCAAUGGACACUGUGUACCAUGGAGAAGCAGUCACUCUGACUUGUGUCAUAGAGCCAUCAGGUGGCUGGAAAUAUGGGUGGGGAUAUAAGCGCUGGACAUCAAAUGACCUCAGCUCACUCAGAGAACCUGAUACAAACACAUACAAGAUAGACAGUGCUGAUGAGUCUAAUCAAGGAUACUAUGCAUGCCGUGGAAAGAGAGAGGGCAGUAGGAGACAAACAACUUACAGCAACACUGCUGAAGUCAAAGUAAAAGCAGUUCUGCCUUUACCUGUGUCUGUACUCCCCCAGAGACUGAGGUUAACUGAAGAUAAUUCACUGAUUAUUAUCUCUGUGUUAAUUCUCACAGCCCUGCCAACCCCUGUGCUAUCUGUAGAGCCAGACAGCCCUGUGUUCACUGGAGAGACAGUUACUCUACGGUGUGCCAUAGGGAAUGAGGAUAUCUGGAAGUAUAUGUGGUAUAAAGGCCAGCGCAAUAUCGCAAUAAGUGAUCCCUCCAAGACACAUGUCAUAUCCAAUGCUGCUGAGUCUCAUAAAGGCAGAUACUGGUGUCAAGGGGAGAGGAAAGACAGACUCACAUCAACACAACGCAGCAACGAGAUAACUCUGAAUGUCAGAGCCCUCCCCACAGCUACACUGACUGCAGUCCCCCAGAGUCCUGUGUUCACUGGAGAGACAGUCACCAUGACGUGUGUGAUAGAGUCUCUUGGUGGCUGGACAUAUAAGUGGUAUAAGGAACCAAGCAGAGUCCCAGUGUCUGAGGGAAACACCUUCACCUUUACAAGUGCUGCUGAGUCUGAUGAGGGCCAGUACUGGUGUCAGGGGGAGAGGAGAGGCAGGCCAACAUCAUCACAAAGAAGCAUGGAGAUGUCCCUUGAUGUAAUAGAAUCAAAGCCCCAACUUGUAAACCGGAAAACACAGCUAUUCACCGGAGACUCUGUCACUCUGACGUGUGAGUUGGACAUUACCUCUGGAUUGUUGUUCUACUGGUACAAAGACACUCAGACAUCGACUCUUGUGGCCCAGACUGAUGGAAACUCCUACAGCAUCAGCUUUGCUAAAGUGUCUGAUGGAGGACAGUACUGGUGCCGAGCUGGGAGAGGAGACCCAGUCUACUACACACAGUACAGCAAUGAGGUGCAGCUGAAUGUUACAGAAAGGCCAAGAGCUGUUGUUACCCUGAAGUCAAACUGGACUGAGUUUUUUAAGGGUGAAACAGUCUCCCUAAAAUGCCACAUAGAAGGUGGGGGGAACAGUAAAUGGCAAUAUGACUGGUAUCAUAAUGGAAAAGAGAUUAGACCAGAGAAAGCUAAAGCUGGUGUGAGGACUUAUUCCCAGUCUUGGCUGGCUGAAGGACACUCUGUGAAGAUCGGGUGUGAGGUGGAGGAGUCAUCUGCUGGUUGGAGAUUCAGCUGGUUUAAAGUUACAUCAUACAAACCUGCAGCCACCUCUCAGAGAUAUCAGAUACUGCCAGACAGCAGCAGAGGAGCUGGAGGCUCCUACACUCUCAGCCCUGCUGCUCUCAGACACACAGGAGUCUAUGUGUGCAGAGCAGAGAGAGGAGAGCCAGCCUAUAAGACAGAGUUCAGCCAACCUCAACCUCUCUGGGUCACAGGAGUCUCCCCGAACGCUUCUGUAGUUAGCCAUUCAAAUUGGACCCAGAUCUUCAGAGAUGAACCUCUGUCACUGCGCUGUGGGGCUCAGGGCAACUCCACUGGAUGGAGCCUGAUGUGGUUCACAGGCAGAGGGGGAGGGUCAGCAGGGUGUCCCACUGGCUGGAGAUCAGAAACUGGAUCCACCUGCAGCACCAGCUCAGCAUCUUCAUUAGACACUGGAGUUUACUGGUGUCAGUCUGAGUCUGGAGAGCAGAGUAGCCCUGUCAACAUCACUGUUCACAAUGGUGAUGUUAUCCUGGAGAAUCCUGUCCAUCCUGUAAUGGAGGGGGAUCCUCUGACUCUGCGCUGUAGAUAUCGCAAUCAGCCAUCAAACAUCAGCGCUGACUUCUAUAAAGAUGGGACACUGCUCCACACCUCCAGCACAGGAGAGAUGACCAGCUCUGCCGUCUCAAAGUCACAUGAGGGCCUCUACAAGUGCAAAAACACAAAGAGAGGAGAGUCACCAGAGAGCUGGAUCACAGUGAUGCCGAAAAUUACAGGGUCCUCUAUCUCCAUGGCAGUUGGUGUGCUGGUAGGCUUGGUCAUAGCCUCAGCUUUGGUCAUUUUACUUGUCCUGCUUUAUCGUAAACGGAAAUCCAAAGGUAAAAAAAAUAAUAAUUUGACAAAAGUCAAUGAAGAUAUAUUCCACUAUUAUGCACACUUGAGAGGGUAA